UCACUAUUUUGCGGUCUAAACAUGUCUUAAAUGCUCCAGGAUUCGCGGGGCACUUAUUCAUUUGAUGCUGCCGACACUGAUCAUACAGGCAGUUGGAAAAUCCUUCAAUAGUGUAUCGAGUGGUGAAAUACUCUACCAUCUGUGAAUUAUUUUAUCGGAUAUUGAACAGUUGGGGAUCGUAGAUAGUUACGCCACAGUAGUACAGCAUUUAUACAAAGAAUCUUUACUCGAAUGGACCUAUACCAGUACCUCUUGGUCCUUCUGGGUUACAUCGCAACAUCAGCUGUAUGCCUCCUGCCCGUAGAUCCGCGAAGAUAUCCAAACAAGGAGGAAUCAACAUCACGACAAAACCUUCAGGUACAGAUGAAGGAGCUUCUCAACUUAGCCAUGAUAAGAGCCGACAUACUGCGGCGUUUAGGGAUCACAGAUCCUCCACUGCGGCCGACUCCAAAUCCAUACACCACCAAACCACCACCGAUUUACAAUGGGAUUCCAUUUAGACUGCUGGAUAUCACACGAGUUCUUUCAGAAUCACCAGGAAAGUCAGCAGACACAAACAUAAUUCAAUUCAAGCUUUCCGACAUUCCAUCCGAUAAUCGAACGGUUGUAGACAUGGUAAAUUUACUAGUGAGAGUUAAAUACAAGAAGAAAAGAAAACAGGAACGUUUGGAUAAAUUAGCGAAAUCAUCGGAACUGAGAAACACUGACACUUUAUCAAAGAAGAAUAAAAAGAAAAGACGCCGAAAACGAAAUUUAGAAAUCGAACUAACUGUGUCCAAUGUGACGGACGAUGGAAAACAAGGGAGUGUGCUCACGUCAGUGAGAUCACGCUUGAAGAAGACAAAGUCCCUCCGGCUAACAUUACACCCGUCCGUUCUUGAACGCGCAUCCAAUUCGGACGACCCUACAUUGAAGUUGCAUAUAGUUUGUAAUGGGUGCGGGCGUCGAGCUUCUCUGAUUCUUCUACACAGACUCAAAAAGCGAAAAGCAACAAAACGCAAAGGUGUAGCAAGGUCGUUACAUAAAAGACGUCCAGUACUAUUCAUACAGUCUCAUAAACUUGUAACUAGUUGACCAUAGUUUAAUGUCUCCUGCGUAGCAUGGCAGACAUAAAGGGAUUAUGUUGUCUGACGUCCUUAAUACGGUCGUCGCGUCCUUGUCGUCAACCGCGCCGUCCCACACUUUCUUGCCACUCUCUUAAUGUUAUAUGUGUUAUCUUAUCUUUACAUAUAUGGGUAACAUGGUCUUUGGCAUAAUAUCUCGACUGAGUUUGAUCAACUCUCAGAUUGCAUUGUUAGCCAUUGAGUUAUGAAUCUUGAAUUGACGAAAAUUGACCAACGUCUUUUUGACCGCUCUCUCAUCUAAAUUGUUCUUAUCCAAUCUUGACUAAAAUGGGUUAUAAUAUCUUAGAGCAUCAUAUAUCCAACAAAAUCCAUCAAUUGUCAGAUCACACUGUUCACUCUUAAGAAACUGUCCUUCAAUUGUCAAAAUUUGACCAAAUUCCCUUGGACUGUUCUCUCAUUCUCAAGCUUUUCAUAUCCAAUCCUCCGCAAAUGGUGUUGGGAGAUGGAUGUUACUUGGGUACAUUUACUACUUUUUUAUGAACAAACCGAUUGCAUUAUUCAGCCGACGCAAUGGUCAAAACAUCACACUAUAUUAACUUUGAUAAUCCCAGUAGGUAACGCCGUACAAUCGGGACAAUGAUUUUAUUAUUUUCUUUUUUAACCAAGCUAUGAUUGGUUCGCGCGAAUCACCUUGCAAAGGCAUAUAAACUAUUUUUCAAAUGUUUUGAUUCUAUGUUGUCCAUGUUGUUUACAAGAUAUGCGUGGCUUAGCUGCAAUCAUUGUUUUAAAGUGAUAUUUUACUGUUAUAAGCAUCUGUUAUGAAAAGAGAUAGAUUUUUUUAUGAAAAUAUAUGCAUUCCCGAGGGGCACUCACAAUAUAACUGAUACUUUUCGCAGUGAUAGCCGCUCAUGUCAGGCUCAUAAUUUGUAUUAUCUAUAAAAAAACUAUUGAUUUUUUUCAGUAUUAUCAAUUGACAAUGUGCAAGCAGUUAUGGCAGCUCGAAAGAGAUAUAUUUUAAUUUCAUUUCUAUAACAAAAUGUAUUUUAGUCGAAAAUACUAAUGAAAAAAUGUUAAUUGUAGUGGUAUAUGAAAAUAAUAUCACUUUGAAGGGAUACUUGGUCAUGGACUUUUGACCAAGAACAUAUUCUUAAUGCAAUUCUUACCAUCAGUUCUAAAUGAGAAUUGCUUAGCUGGUGUAAUCAUUAACUGCUCUUUAAAGUUCAGAACACUGUUUUAUUAUUAUAAGUAUUGAUCUUAAUGUAAGCAUUGUUUGCUUGAAUGAAUGUGUUUUCAUGACUAUGCUUGAAAUUAUAUAUUCUAUCGCAAUGAUAUUGUAAGAUCAAUCUUGUUUUAUUUUUGAAGCUAUGACUUAUAAAAAAUAAAGCAUACC